AUGGAUAAAUACAACUACGAAGGAUUAAUUGGUGAAGGUACAUAUGGUGUUGUUAGUAAAGCAACUGCUAAAGAAAAUGGCCAAAUUGUAGCCAUUAAAAAAAUUAAAAAAAUUUUAGUUCAAGGCCAAAGCGAUGAUGGUAUCAAUUUCUCUGCAAUUAGAGAAAUCAAAAUAUUACAAGAGUUAAAACAUCACAACAUCGUUGAGUUGUUGGAUAUUUUUGCACAUAAAAGUAAUGUAAAUUUAGUGUUCGAAAUGAUGCAAUGGGAUCUUCAAGAGGUUAUAGAAGAUAGAUCAAUAGUUUUAAAGCCAGCAGAUAUUAAAAGUUAUAUGAAAAUGUUAUUACAGGGUAUCGAAGCAUGUCAUAGUAAUUGGGUAUUACAUCGUGAUCUUAAACCAAACAAUCUUUUAAUGUCAUUGGAAGGCGAGUUAAAAUUGGCAGAUUUUGGUUUAGCAAGACAAUAUGGUAGUCCAAAUAAAAUGUUUUCCCCACAAGCCGUUACUAUUUUCUACAGGGCACCAGAACUAUUAUUUGGAGCAAAAUCAUAUGGACCAUCUGUUGAUAUAUGGUCAGUAGGUUGUAUUUUCGCAGAAUUAAUGUUAAGAACUCCUUACUUACCAGGUACAAGCGAAAUUGAUCAAUUAAGAAAGAUUUGUUCUGCAUUGGGCACACCAAAUGAAACAAAUUGGCCUGGUGUAACUUGUUUACCAAAUUAUCUUAGAUUUACAGAACAUCCACCAACACCAUUCAAACAAUUAUUUACAGCAGCAACCGAUGAAGCAAUUGAUUUAAUUAGCAAAAUGUUAUUAUUUAACCCAGCAGCUAGAAUUUCAGCAGCCGAGGCAUUAAAUCACCCAUAUUUUACAACUGGUGUAAAGCCAACAAAUCCUAUCGAUUUACCAAUACCACUUGCAAAAAGAUCAAAUAUUUUACAACAAAGACAACAAGUUCAGUUACAACAACAACAACAAGAUAUUCAAAAUAUAACCACUACAUCCAACAAUACUACAGGUGUUGAUUCAACAAAUAAUAUUCAAGUAGAGCCUCAACAAGUUUAG